AUCACUGAUAUGUAAAAACUUUUAGCAUCUAAUUAAAGAUCACUAAGGGUUAAAUACUUGUUCUCUGGCCCCUACUGCAUACACUCUGCCAAAAAGUCCUCUAAGCUUUUAAAUAUUGCUUCGAUGGUCGGCAUUUUUACUUUCAGGGGAAAAGGAGUAUUGUCUUACAGUCAGCAGGCCACUAGCUUAUUAACUUCCAGUCACCUUAAUUUUCGUUAAAAUGAAGAUUCUGCAAUCUACACUUUUCCUGUUACUGUUUGUGCCUCUGAUAAAGCCAGCACCACCAACUCAGCUGAACUCACGCAUCAUCUAUGAUUAUGGGAAAGAUAAUUUUGAAGAAAUCUUAUUUACCCGAGAUUCUGAGGAUCGAUACCUGGAUGGAAAAAAUAUUAAGGAAAAAGAAGCUAUGAUAAUAUCUGAUGAGAAAAGUCUUCCAUUACAAAAAGAUGAAAGUUUAACAUCACUACCAAUCAAGAAAGAAAAUGAUGAAAUGCCCACGUGCCUGCUGUGUGUGUGUUUAAGUGGCUCUGUAUACUGUGAAGAAGUUGACAUUGAUGUUGUACCACCCUUGCCAAAGGAAUCAGCCUAUCUUUAUGCAAGAUUCAACAAAAUUAAAAAGCUGACUGCCAAAGAUUUUGCAGAAAUACCUAAUUUAAGAAGACUUGAUUUUACGGGAAAUUUGAUCGAAGAUAUAGAAGAUAGUACUUUUUCAAAACUUUCUCUGUUAGAAGAACUGACACUAGCUGAAAAUCAACUACUGAAACUUCCAGUUCUUCCUCCCAAGCUAACUUUAUUUAAUGCAAAAUACAACAAAAUCAAGAGUAGAGGAAUCAAAGCAAAUGCAUUCAAAAAACUGAGUAACCUGUCCUUCCUCUAUUUGGACCACAACGCGCUGGAAUCUGUGCCUCUUAAUUUACCAGAAAGUCUACGUGUAAUUCAUCUUCAGUUUAACAACAUAACUUCAAUCACAGAUGAUACGUUCUGCAAGGCCAAUGACACCCGUUAUAUUCGGAACCACAUUGAAGAGAUACGCUUGGAGGGAAAUCCCAUCAUCCUGGGAAAGCAUCCCAACAGUUUUAUCUGCUUAAAAAGAUUACCUGUAGGGUCAUACUUUUAACCACUAUCAAGGUAUCACAUAAACUAAAGUACACACAUUCUUAUAAUCUGUCUCAACAAUGUCUAAAGGAGCAUAAAUAUCUGUUUAAUAUUAACUUAGUAUUUCACUAGGAAGGAAUUUUAUGUUUUAAGCAAGGAUGUUCAAAAGCUUACACAUUAACACGUAAAAGACUGAAUCUCUAAAUAUUUUCACAUUACCUUGUUUUGCACUUAAACAGCAUUACAAAAUCCUUAUAGUUUAUAGUAGAGUGCCAUUUAAAGGGUAUGUCUUUAUGUAAAUACCCAAAUUUAAGAAGCAUUAUUUCUAUUAUUAACAAAGUGAGAGGAUAAGUCCAAGAAACGUUCAGUUGUUUGUAUUUUCUGGCCUUUACCACAUCACAAAAGUAUUUAAGGCUGAUGUUCCAAAAACUCUGAAAAGCUAAAUAUUUCCAGUGAUCUCCCAUUUUUCUUUUAUGAUUCAUACGUUAUUCAUUACAAAGGAGAAACUCUUUUCUUUCUAUUAAGGCAGCUAUUAUCUUUUUACUUAGCCUGAGAAAUAGGGUAUAGUCUCAUACCUAGGCAAAACUUUCCAAAUAAAGCGUAAUUUUACCCUCUAAUAAAGAGCUAAUAUAAGUAAUGUUCAGCAAUGUUAUUCUGCUUUGUAGUCACACAGUUAAAGGUUUCAGUAAAACAGUAUAAAAUUCUCUUAUCUAAAUGUUAACAUUCUAAAUAUAGUGUAAAAUAUUUUAAGAAGUCAAGCAGACCAGAAUCAGUAUGCUUUAAAAAAACAAAAAAGCACAAAAGUCCACCCCAUGUCUCAGAACGUAGCUGUAAAGUUCUCUAUUGUAAAGGCUUGCAAAUAUGAUAAAUACUGCAAAACAUUUCCUUUUUGCACUGUAGGAAUGAGAAUCUUAUCAAGAAAUUUGUUCGAAUGUAAGAUAUAAAAACAAAACAAAUUCUGUGGUGUUAUUACACAUCAUUCUCCCACCCACCCAACACAUCCAUGUUCAUGCAGACAGACCUUAUAUUCACAAGAAAACUUCUGAGCAACAUUUACUAAAGAUCCAUAAUUAACUAAUACAUUUAAUGGUGAGAAUUCAUCUUCAAUCUAAUAGUGAUUUAUGAUGACACGAUGCUGUCAGAUUAGUUCCUAAAAUAACUUGACAUCUGUCCAAACCCCACUCAAAAGUCUUAAGUGUCCACGUUGUUUUGGGGUUACAUACAAAAUUAUCAGUGCUUCAGAAACACGAGUUUGCACUGUAUAUAUAAACACUACCGACACUGUUUCCCACAUACGCUACACAUUAAUAUCAAGUUGGUCUCUACAUAGUAUUCCCAGAACAAAUAUUUAGUCCUAUUUUUAAGCAUUUGCUUUCAUGUUUUCUCUACCUAGAAAAACCUCCUGUUUUUCGAUUUUCCCCCAAUUUGUCAAGGCUGACCCCAAAAUGAAACUUUUCAUUAAACAAUCUGUAACCUC